CAGCAGCACCAGCGGAGGACCCACAACAACAACAACAACAACAACAUAAUAAACAACAACAACAACAACAUGGAGGGAAAGAAAACAACCUCCUGGUGGAGAACAAACAUCAGCAACACCGGCUGAAUAUCAGAGGAGGAGGAGGAGGAGGAGGAGGAGCGGAUGGAUGCCAGUCUGGGAUCAGCCAGCAGCACCAGCACCAGCCCUCCUCCGACUGGGACCAGCUCCGGGUUUAAUCAUUAUUAUGGGAUUGGAAGAGGAGGGCCCAGCGUCGAUCAUCAACAUGGCGGACAACAAAGCGCAGGGACGGGGGUAACGCUCUCGGUACUCUCGGUACUCGACACUAUGGACCAGGUUCAGAACUCCCACGACGGGUACAACAACAACAGCCCGUACAGCCACUACCCGAACUACCGACCCGGGUACGGGAGCAGUUCGUACGGGGGCCUGAUGCGGAGUAACACCCUGCUGGGCCCGGGCAGCGGCGGCGGUAAAGCGGCUGUGUCUGCGGGCAGCUCCCCGGCUGGAGGCGGCGGCGGCGGGGGGGGCUUCCAGCGGUUCCCCGGUCCGCAGCAGCUGCACCCGUCCGGAGCCACACCGACUUUAAACCAGCUGUUAACGGCUCCGAGCAGCAUGAUGAGAGGCUACGGGUACUCCGAGUACAGCGCCGCCCAGCAGCAGAGCCUGGGGCCGGCUAAAGAGUCCCAGUACUCCGCUGCUCACAGCUGGGGAGGACAAAGAAAUCACCCCACCAUGAGCCCCGGGAACAACGGGCAGGGCGGCGGGAGAUCGCAGGUGCCUCCCAUGGACCCGAUGGCGAUGAAGCGCUCUCAGCUCUACGGGAUGAGCAACAACCCGUACUCCCAGCAGCAGGGGGCGCCGUACUCCGGCCAGCCCUACGGCUCGCCCUCCCCCCACAGAUACCCGAUGGGGAUGCCCAGCAGAGGGCAGAUGGGGAUGGGAGGGAUGCAGUACCCUCAGCAACAGAUGGGUUCUCAGUACGGUCAGCAGCAGCAGCAGCAGCAGCAGCAGCAGCAGCAGCAGAACGUGGGCGGUUACUGUCAGCCGGGUCAGCCGCCGUACUUCAGCCCUCCGCAGCAGCAGCCCGCCGCCCCGAGCCAGCCGCCGUACAUGCAGCCCCGCCCACUGCCACAACAGGAGGUGCCGCAGGAGGCGUACGGGGGGCGUGGCCAGUCUGCUGCUAUGACUCCUGGGAAACCAAACCACGAGGAGAUGAGUCUGAGCCAACAGGAGAGACCAUCCAGCCUGCCGGAUUUGUCCGGCUCCAUCGAUGACUUGCCCACCGGCACCGAGGCGGCGGUGAGUUCAGGGGCGUCGGGCUCCGGCAGCGCUCAGGGCGACCAGGGGACCCCGGCCCGCUCUCCUUUCUCCCCUCACGUCUCGCCUCGACUCCCCCCACCAGCUCGCACCGGGCCCUCGCCCUCACCCUCGCCGUCCCCCGCUGGAUCCAGCAGCCAGUCGCGAUCCGGACCGAUGUCUCCCGCCACCAGCGGACCAGGCUCUCAGCUGACCCCUCAGGUCUCUGGUCCUGGAUCAGAUGCUGUUCCUCAUCCCUCCCAGUCCGCCAUGACUCAGGACAGAGGUUUCCCUCCCUCCAUGCAGCGUAGCACCCAGGGGCCUCAGUUUGGCCCCCAGCAAUCUGCACCACCCAUGUCUCCUCACUCAGCGCCGGGGGGGCCCAUGCACCACGGCUCCUACCAGCAGGGCGGCUCAUAUGGCCAGUACGGCCCCCCAGGUAACUUCCCUCGCCCCCCCCACUAUGGCGGAGCCCCCAGUGCCAACUACAACAGCCCCGGCCCGGGCCCCGGCUUGGCCAACAGCCUGGGGUUGAACGCCAGCAGUCCCAUGCACGGUCAGGGCCCCUCCACCCCGGCAGGUCGCGGCCCAGGGCCUGGCCGUGGGCGGCCUUAUCACGCCGGAGGGAGCGUCAUGGCCCCCACCUCCCCCGGUAUGCCACAGCCCGCCGGGCAGGGCAUGGGUCCUCCGGGGCCCAACGGCAGCCGCAAACCUCCCGAGGUCGGCCCCAACGCCGGGCCGAGUGCCAACUCCUCGUCCUCCUCGGUCGCUGCCACGGCCGCCCAGGGCAGGCCUCCCUUCGCUCGUUCCCCGGCCUACCACAACCAGUCCUGGCCCGGGGCUCGACCUGCCCUCUCUCCUACCCUUCACCCCUCUCAUCCCCCUCCUCACCACCACCAUCCUCCUCCUCACCCUCCUCACCACUCCCAGCAGGGAACCUAUGCUCAGCCGCAACCCACCGUGCAGACCCCCUCUGAGCAUUAUGGGCAGGGCAGCUACCUGGGCAUGACACCAAUGGGAGGAAUGGGCCCCGGAGGUCCUGGAGGUCCCUACAACCAGCAACCAGGCAGCAACUCUGGGAGGAUGACACCGCAGGGACCCCCCUACAACGCCCCACCCUCAGGCCCCAUGAUGAUGCCAGCAGAGGGGAUGGGUGCUCAUCCGGACGCCAAGAGGGUUGAGCUCAGCAAAGAGGUGGUCUGCCCCGCCGCCACCGACCCACCCAAACCCAAGGACAGCUACAGCUCUCAGUGUGUGUCCAAGCCCCCCACCCCCUCCCCCAUGUCCCCCAGCUCAGCUAGUCUGUCCUCCUGUCACGGGGAGGACAGUGAUAGCAUUAGCAGCCCCGCCUGGCCCAAGACGUCCACCAGCCCUGAACAUGGGAGGAGUGAGCGUCCAGGACCCGUUCUCUGAAGGCAGCGAUCCAGCCUUCCACAACAAGCGAGGCCCGGGACCCGGCGGCGCCCCCUACCAGCAGGGAGGAGGACCAGCAGACCCCUCGAUGAGGAUGCAGUACGACGCCAACAAAGACCCGUACGGAGGACCGAGGAAAGGUCCAGGACCCGGCGAGGCCUUUGGUCCCGGUCAGAUGCCCAGCGGUGCCAUGCAGGACAUGUACCCCCGCGGGCCGCCCUCUGGGCCCCUGACAGGGAUGGGCCCCAGACCCCAGUACCCCUACGGCCCCGGCUACGAGCGCAGGUCGGAUCAUGUGAUGGGGCCUGAAGGAGGCAUGGCGCCCCCCGGAGGUCAGAACAACAUGGGUCCAUCUGGAAACGAGGCCGGCAUUUACCCCAACAGAUACCCCCCCCAGAGACACGACGGUUACGGGCAGCAGUAUCCUCACAGCAUGGCCUACAGUUCCCAUCAGCCCCUGUACCCCCAGCAGCAGGGUUACAAGCGUCCGAUGGAGGCGCUCUAUCCUCCGGCGAAGCGUCACGAGGGCGAAGCGUUCGCUGUGCAGCAGUUCGGCUCCCAGCAGCCCGACAUGUUCGGCCCCUACGGCGGGGGGGGCGGGGGAGGCUACAUGGGCCCCGAGCGGCGGCCGGUCCAGGGCC